GGUACCAGCCAAGUCUCGACCAAGUUUGAAAAGACGUUUAAAAACGUCUUUGGGAGUGAAUGAGUUAAAAACGACAAUGUUUAGUGAUUCACCAAGAUAACGGCAUCCCAAAAAGUAGCGUGGGGUUUCCAUAUGUUCAUAUCUUCUGUAGAAUCGAUAACCUAUCGGUUAUUCCAUCUAAUACUCAGGUCACCUGAGGUCGAUUUUUUUUUUUCCAAGACAGGAUGAGUGUGAAUAGAUAAUUCGGAGAGGGAAACGCUUGGCCUGAGAUAAGAGCGUUUCCGUCACGUGGUCUGAUUCGGCUCUUCUUCCUGCCUUGUAACUUAAAAGCAGUCGAGUGUUUUGACCUGAUGACUGCGCAUUGGAUAUAAUAGAUGUCUUUUCUUCAAAUAUGUGACUGUCACUCAUACAAUCAUUUUUUAUUUCUCUGAGUGUUUCGGUUGUGUGUGCCUUCAUGUGGGUGCACGAGUGUGAGAAUAAAGGCAGUCUCUUCCUUCCUGUUUUGCCGACUCAUGAUUUGUCUUCAAACCUCUGCUCAGCCAGUCAGAGGAGCACAAGACAAGAGUCAGAAAGAUCCUUAGAGUGUCACGACUUGGGACAUGGGCCCCGGGGCCCGAUUUCAACUGAGUCGCUUUCUCCCCUUCUACCUGUCGAAAAAAAACAAAGGCUUGGCGGCGGCUGCAGAUGCUUUGCCUCCACUGAAACGCUCAACACCGGACGAUGGCGAAAUCAAGGAAAUCAACAUCACCCAUGUGGUCAAAGAGGGUUCGGAAAAAGCAGACGCGUCUCACUUUGAACUGCUCAAAGUGUUGGGUCAGGGUUCCUUUGGGAAGGUGUUCCUGGUGCGCAAGGUGACUCCUCCUGAUGACAACCAGCUCUACGCAAUGAAGGUCCUCAAGAAAGCCACGCUCAAAGUGAGAGAUCGUGUGAGGACCAAAAUGGAGCGAAACAUCCUGGCUGAUGUCAACCACCCGUUCAUUGUCAAACUGCACUACGCUUUUCAGACUGAAGGCAAACUCUACUUGAUCCUGGACUUCCUCCGAGGAGGCGAUCUCUUCACUCGACUGUCCAAAGAGGUGAUGUUCACAGAGGAGGAUGUCAAGUUUUAUCUUGCAGAGCUGGCGCUGGGCCUCGACCACCUCCACAGCUUGGGCAUCAUGUACAGAGACCUGAAGCCUGAAAACAUUCUCUUGGAUGAGGAAGGUCACAUCAAACUCACGGAUUUUGGUCUGUGCAAAGAGGGCAUUGACCACCACGAGAAGGCUUACUCCUUUUGUGGCACUGUGGAGUACAUGGCACCUGAGGUGGUCAACAGGGUAGGACACACCCACAGCGCCGACUGGUGGUCAUUCGGAGUACUGAUGUUUGAAAUGUUGACGGGGUCGCUGCCCUUUCAUGGGAAAGACCGCAAAGAAACAAUGAGCAUGAUUCUCAAGGCACGUCUGGGAAUGCCUCAGUUCCUCAGCGCAGAGGCGCAGUCUCUGCUCAGAGCUCUGUUCAAGAGGAACCCCGCCAACAGGCUGGGAUCGGGUCCAGAUGGAGCAGAGGAGAUAAAACGUCACGGAUGGUUUUCCAACAUUGACUGGAAUAAACUGUUCCGCAGAGAAGUAAAACCCCCUUUCAAACCGGCGGUGGCGCGUCCCGAUGACACGUUCUACUUUGACUCUGAGUUCACCUCCCGCACCCCGAAAGACUCUCCCGGCGUGCCGCCAAGUGCCGGCGCUCACCAGCUGUUCCGAGGCUUCAGCUUUAUCGCAUCGAGUCUGUUGGAGGAAGAAGGGUCAGCUGAGCCUGUGCAACCACCACCACACCCGGUGGUCCAGCAGCUACAUGGCAAGAACUUGUUGUUCAGCGAUGGCUACGUGCUGAAAGAGGACAUCGGCAUGGGCUCCUUCUCCGUGUGUAAGCGAUGUAUCCACAAGGCCACCAACACGGAAUACGCCGUCAAGAUGAUUGACAAGACCAGCACAGACCCCUCUGAGGAAAUCGAGAUCCUGCUUCGAUACGGACAGCACCCCAAUAUCAUCACGCUGAAGGAUGUGUACGACACUGGCAAGCAGGUGUUCCUGGUGACGGAGCUGAUGCGCGGAGGAGAGCUGCUCGAUCGGAUCCUCAAGCAGAAGUCCUUCUCGGAGAGGGAGGCCAGUGCUGUGUUGCACACCAUCACCAAGACUGUGGAAUACCUGCACUCGCAGGGGGUGGUGCACAGAGACCUGAAGCCCAGCAACAUACUCUAUGUGGACGAGUCGGGGAACCCGGAAUCGAUUCGGAUCUGCGACUUUGGCUUCGCCAAGCAGCUGCGUGCCAACAAUGGUUUACUCAUGACCCCGUGCUACACCGCCAACUUUGUGGCGCCUGAGGUGUUGAAGCGUCAAGGCUAUGAUGAGGGCUGUGAUAUCUGGAGUUUGGGAGUCUUGCUGUACACCAUGCUGGCCGGUUUUACUCCAUUCGCCAACGGACCCGAGGACACUCCCAAUGAGAUCCUGAACAGGAUAGGCAACGGUCACUUUAGUUUGUCCGGAGGCAACUGGGACACGGUGUCAGACGCGGCUAAGGACCUGGUGUCCAAGAUGCUCCACGUGGACCCACAUCAGAGACUUAUCGCCAAGCAGGUCCUCAGGCACCCGUGGAUCGUCCAGAGAGACAAACUCCCCAAUAGUCAACUCCCCCACCAGGACCCCAAACUGGUCAAGGGCGCCAUGGCAGCCACGUACUCAGCCCUGAAGAACUCGCAACCCACCCCCGAGCUCAAGCCCAUCGAGAGCUCCUUCCUGGCCCAGCGGCGCGUAAAGAAACUUCCAUCCACCUCUCUGUAGACACUGCGCGCAACACCAUCUUGGGAAAAAGAAUAGCCACCCACCCAACCAACCAGCUCGCUCGGGAGGGCACUACCAGCCAAGGAACACUGACUGUGACCCUGAAAAUCCCCCCCUGAGAAAACACCAUCUUGUGAUGGCGAGCCGAUCGCUAUUGUCGUGGACCAGCCAAAGAUGGAUGGGGGGGGGGGUGUUUGUAAUCUGUUUGUGUGUGUGUGUGUAUGUGUGUGUGCGCGUGCGUGCGUGCGUGUGUGUGUGUGUGUGUGUGCGCACGCUUGUGUUACUGCAUGACCACCAUGCCACAUGAGCUCGCUCAGUCAUCACUGAACAUUGUUCAAUGUGCUGCAUGUUUGUCUGCUUGUUUCGUGUGUGUGUGUGUGUGUGUGUGUGUGCGUGUGCGCACAUAACGAUGAGCUUUACAUUAGCAGUUUUGUGCUGCUAACUCAGUUUGUGCCAGCAGCACAGUGGCCGCAGUACUGUCCAAAAUGCAUUUUUUUUUUUGUUUAGUUUUUUUUUUUGGGGGGGGGGUUAAUAAUGUGAAUUAAAAAAAGAUAUAUUAAAAUACUAAUUUCUGCCAUAAAUGCCUCUUUUGGCUUUGGUACAGCCUGAACAUGGGAAUUCUGGGGGAAAUGUCCAACUUUGUUCAUGUCAAUCUUGUUUCUUUUACAGUGUCAGUUGCAUGAUUUGCAGUGUGUGGCAUUUCUUUUUGUGUUUUAUUUGACGACACAUCUUGUACACUGGUGGCUUUUCUGUGAAAGAGACUCGGCAUGUUCAAACCUUUAUAUUGGCUUUGUGUUUCUAUUUUUUUUCUCCCCUGUUUGCAUUUUGAAUGCUGUUUCCCAUGCUUGGCUGCUUUUGAUGUUGAUUUUUGUCCGAGGAAAGCGCAUCGUUUGAAAAUAUUGCAAGACAUGAAGGUGUUUAAAAAAAAGAAAA